UAAUUUUGGGACAUACCCGCAUGAUCCCUUCUUUUCAGGAAAAAAAAUAGAAACACCUGCCUCAGCAACGCAUGUUUUCCAUUUCAUAACGUGAAAUCAAUCAGAAAACAUACAUGUAUAUUUUUUCAUAAAUUUUGUAAAACUCAAUUUUUUAUAUUGUUAAAAAAGACAAUUAUUUUUUAUUUUUAAAAAUUAUUUAGUAUUGAAAAAAUUGUUUAUUUAAAAAAUUAAUUUAUAAAAAAAUGCUACAAACACGUUCUGCAGUUUAUAAAAUGAUAAAGACUGAAGUUCAUGAAGACAGACAGAUAAAAAAAUGGCAACCUCCUUUCUCAUCAGACAUAACUCCUUAUACGGAAAAAGAAUUUUCAUCAAAAAUUCGUCGAUUUUGUGGUACAAAAUCCGUUUUUCCAAGAAUGACAAAAGUUAUUGUUUUAGGAGACGUUGCAGUUGGAAAAACUUCAUUAGUUAAUCGAUUUUGUCACAAAUCGUUUAAUAAUAAUUAUAAGGCAACAAUAGGAGUUGAUUUUGAAGUGGAGAAAUUCGAUAUUUUGGGAAUUCCCUUUAAUAUGCAAAUAUGGGACACUGCAGGACAAGAGAGAUUUAAAUGCAUUGCAGCAUCUUAUUAUAGAGGAGCAAAUGUAAUAAUGAUAGUCUUCGAUUUGGGAAAUUUAAUGUCUCUCUCGCAUUGUAAACAAUGGUUACAAGAAGCCAGUCAAUGUAAUACAAAUUCGUAUCAUAUUUUUUUAGUCGGUACCAAACGAGAUUUAUUGUCGAAUCAGGUCUAUCAAAUUAUUGAGAAAAGAGCAACUGCAGUGUCAAUUUUUAUGAAAGCUGAAUUUUGGGCCGUUUCAUCAAGAACAGGCGACGGUGUCGAUGAAUUAUUUUCUCGAAUUGCAGUUCUUUCGUUCAAUGCUUCCAUUCUGAGGGAACUUCAAAGUUACGUGACUGACACUAAAACAAUUGGAUCACUUGGAUUAAUAACUUUAAACAAAGACCAAAAUGGAUCAUCGGAGAAGAAUAAAAAACUACAAAAAUGUACAAAUUGUUCAUUCUAGUCUCUUAAAUAUAAGUAAUUAAUAAUUUACACUCAACAUUUUUUUCCAAAUAGAAAAAAAUUUUCCUUCUGAAAUUAUUUCCAUAAAUAGUUUUCUUAUAAUCAGAAUUCUUUAUUUCCUUUUCUCGUAAUUUUUCUUUUAUCAGAAUUAUAAUUUUUUUACUAUAUUAUUAACUUAUAUGACAAUUAGCAAUAAUUAAUUUUCAUAAAGUGUAUUUAUUGUGAAAGAGUUACACAGUUUAGAUAAAAUCGCAUUUUAACAAAUACUUUGUGCGUUAUUAAUACACAUCAUUUGGUCGGAAUCGUUUCAAAUAUCAGAUGCAGUCUAUAAUUAUUAUUUUUCUUUUGACCGUCAGCUAAAAAAUUUAUCGAAUAAAUAAAUUGUUAUUGUUGUAUCAUUUACGAAUAUGAUAUAGAAUUAUACAAUAAUUUAUUAAUAAAAAUUUAUCCUUUACUUUAUAUUACUAUAUUUUUUCACAUUUUUCAAAGCUGAACGGAAAAUUCACUUUCUCAAGUUUUCUUUUUAGAAAUUUGUCAAAUAUCCCGCAAUUGAUUUAUUUCUUCAAAAAAUUUUCUUUAACAUUCAUAAUAAUAAUAAAAAUUUCAUAAUAAUAAUGAAAAA